AUGAGCGCUAUUACAGGUAGACCAUGUGAUGUUAAUGGUGUAUUCCUCCCCCCUGGCGCUCCACCUCCACCUCCUGAGAAUCUCGCAGCUGAUGACUGGACGCCUUUUCGAAACCGCACAGAAUUUGAAAUGGUGGAGUUCCUUUACAAGCACAAUCAAAUGCCAGCUGGUCAAAUUGACCGGCUACUGGAUCUAUGGGCAUCUACCCUCACGAAGCACAACGACAACCCGCCGUUUGCAGAUCACCGUGAUCUGUACCACGUCAUCGACAGUUCGCCCUUUGGGGAUGUACCAUGGCAACGUUUUACGGUUGCCUAUGAUGGCGAGAGACUUGCAGAUGAGGACAAGCCCUGGAUGGACAGCGAAUAUGAAGUCUGGUUCCACGACCCACAUGAAGUUGCGCGUAAUAUGCUCGCAAAUUCGACUUAUGCUAACGAGAUAGAUUACUGCCCGUAUAGGGAGUAUUCAACUGAGGGCAACAAGCGCCAAUGGAAGGAUUUCAUGUCUGGCGACUGGGUGUGGAAUCAAGCAGACGAAAUCGCGAAAGACCCGAGCACUCUCGGGUCAACAUUUGUCCCUGUCAUCCUUGGCAGCGACAAAACGACAGUUUCAGUCGGAAUGGGUAACAAUGAGUACUACCCGCUCUAUGCUUCCAUUGGGAACAUCCACAAUAACGUUCGAAGAGCGCAUCGCGAUGGUGUGGCCGUCAUUGGGUUCCUGGCAAUGCCGAAAACUACGCAGGAACAUGCUGAAGAACCUUCGUUCCAAAGAUUUCGUCGACAGUUAUUCCAUUUGUCCCUUUCCAAAAUUCUCGAUCCGCUCAAGCCGGGCAUGACGACUCCCGAAGUAACGCGUUUCGGAGAUGGCCACUACCGGCGUGUCAUAUAUGGACUAGGGCCUUACAUAGCGGAUUACGAAGAGCAAGUUUUAUUAGCGUGCAUUGUCCGUAAUUGGUGUCCAAAGUGUGUUGCAAAUUGUGAAGAUCUCGAUGAAGAUGCGCUGCCCCAUAGCCGCGAAUAUACAGAGGCACUCGUUGAAGAAGCUCCCUCAGGAGAUCUUUGGGAAGACUUCGGAAUAGUCGCGCAACUUGUGCCAUUCACAAACGACUUUCCCCGAGCCGAUAUCCAUCAAAUGAUAUCACCAGAUAUCCUCCAUCAACUUAUAAAAGGCGCCUUCAAGGAUCACCUCGUAACAUGGGUCGAGAAGUACCUCCGUCAGACACACAACAAACGGAAGGCACAGAAAAUUAUGGAUGAUAUUGACCGCAGGUGAGCUCAGUUUGUAUUCGGAUUGCGCUUGGUCAGAUAUUACUGACCAAUCAACGGCUCGACAAACUUUCAGCACUGCGAGUCGACUUCAUGCGUCGGGGGAUGCUCACUGGCACUUGUCUCUCAGCAGUCAAUGCC